UGCAGUUUCACUUAGGAGAUUAUUUAAUUUCAAAUUAUUAUAAACAAAUACAAUUUUUUAUUUCAUGUUUAUUAUAAAUUAUAAUAAUAAACAUAUUUUAAACUUGUAUAUUUUCAUUAUACGCCAUAUUGGAUUUAUAUUUUAUUAUACAACAAUUUUGUUACUAUGUAAUAUUUUAUUAAUAAAAUAUAAUAUGAUAUGUUGCUGGGGUAUGAAUAUAUCAAUCAAUGAUAUUAAUGUUCCAAAAUAUGUUCGAAUUAAACUUAGAGAAGAAUCACCCUCAGGAACAGUUGUCAUAAAUAUUGGAGAAUUUUUAAAUUCUAUUCCAUUGACUAAUUAUGAUACUUCAAAUAAUGCUGAUCAUGAUUUUAAAAAAAGAAUGUUAAUUGUACCAUCUAGUUUAAGUUUAGUUUCUGAAAUUCCAUCAGUGACCCGUUUAUUCAGAUUAAACAAAGAAACUGAAAGUAUACACACAGUGAUGGCUAUUGAUAGAGAUACAUUAUGUAGUAAAAAUCAGUUAUGUUGUUCAAACCCUACAAUCAAAAGUAGUAUAAAUGGACAUAUAGAAACUUCUGGUCGAAUGCCUAUAUCAGGUGGGGGGCAAACAUUCAAGUCAUAUGAUAGUAAAACGGCAGAUGUUUGUUUAAUUCAGUUUCGUGUAAUUUUUUCUAUGCAUUAUCACAAUGAUUUUGUCGGAAACAAUAAUAAUAAUCAGGUGGAUGGAUCAACUGAGAAAAUGGCAUACAUUACGGUAGAAGUUGAGUUAUUGGAUAUUAAUGACAACUCACCACAGUUUAUUCUCCCUGUUCUUAUACCAAAAACAACAACACUUUUAUAUAGUCCAAUACCUGUAAUUGAAAUUUCCGUCGAAGAAUCAAUGGGAUUACAUACUUGUAUACAUUUGCCUAAAGCAUUAGAUUUAGAUUCGAGUAUUUAUGAUGUAACUGAGUAUCGCAUAGAAUCGUUAACUCAGUCAGAUAUCUUACAAUUAAAAAACAAACUUUCCCAUUCAAAUCUUGUUGGGAUAGAUAAAAAUGAACUACCAUUUUCACUAGAACAUAUGUCGUGCACUGAUCCAUUAGUCCGGAAUUACAUUGAAGUAGACAUGAAUACUCCCAUACAACAAACAAAUGAAAGAUUCGAACUAACCACAAACAAGGAACUAUUGACACCCUCAUUAAAAGUAAUUAAUUAUCUUGAUCGAGAAACAGUUGAGUAUUAUUGGAUAAAACUUUUGGCAAUCGAUGGAACUAAGUAUUUGGAGACUGAUGCUUCCGGUUGUCAGGAUGUAAACAAUAAAAUGCCAUCAAUUGAACAUUCCUUUCAAAAUACUAAACAUACUGGUACCAUUCUGAUUCAUAUUCACAUCAUAGAUACCAAUGAUAACAUUCCUAUAGUACCUAGAACACUGAAUCUUGACAUUUCAGAGGAUGCUAAGGUAGGUACAUUAUUAGCAAGAAUUAAUGGUACAGAUCCAGAUCUUGGUGACAAUGGUAAAUUGCACUAUCACCUUAUGAUGGAUCAGACAGGGAUAUCAAAUUUUCCAUUCGUUAUCGAUUCACUAACCGGAAGUAUAACAGUUAACAGACCGCUAGAUGCUGAUCGACUACCUCAAUCGAAUAAGCACUUACGAUUUAAAGUACUAACUAGUGAUUUUGGUAAACCGAUUUCACAUUCCUCUUAUACAGUAGUUGAUGUCCGUAUAAAUGAUGUCAAUGAUGAAACACCACAGAUUAAAGUAAUAGAUUUAGAGAGCCGUAGUAAUCCACCGUAUCCUACGGUGAUGGAGAACAGACAGCCAGGUCAGUUAGUGGCAUUCGUUACUGCUACCGAUGCAGAUUCCGGUCCAAAUGGUGCACUGUCAUGUCGUAUAAAUAAUCACAAGUUUAAACUUGAACAAAUAACUCUAUCAAGCUCAAUUCCAGACGUUCACUCAAAUAAUAACUUCAAUUUUUAUAGCUUUGAACCGCUGAGUAGUCAGUCCUUAAAAGAGUCUCUAAAUACUUUAGAUUUCAAAGUAGUCACUGCCACAGAACUUGAUCGUGAGCUAAGUACAAUAGAAAUCAUAGAAAUCACGUGUACAGAUCAACCAUUGAAUAGUGCAACAGUACGUACAGGUCGAACACAAUUUUAUGUAAGAAUAUUAGAUGAAAACGAUAACCCGCCUACAUUUAAUACACAUAAAUUUCAGUUGGAUAUUUUAGAAAAUACGCCGCCAGAUGAAAUUAUAUUUAUUUUUAAUGCAACAGAUCCAGAUUAUCAGAAUCAUUUAUCUGGAGGAAACACACAUCGAAUAAAUGACCCUAAUUAUCAUUACAUUCAUCAGCAACAACAACGUCAAAAUUUGUUAAGCAUUCAGUCAACGAACAGAAUUAAAUAUGCGAUUGAUUCAAAUGGACAGCAAUAUUUACGUAUUGAUCCGGACACUGGUAUAUUGUAUAGUAAAGUAAAAGUUGACAAGAAAAUUGUUGAUAAAUUCAAAUUCAAUGUGACUGCAAUGGAUAACGGCCAUCCACCCAAAAAUGUUACAGCUGAAGUAUUUAUCAAUGUUAUAGAUCAAAAUGACCAUGCACCGAAAUUUGAAAAACAAAUAUUUUAUUAUAAUUUAUCGGAAGAUAUGCCAGUGAAUUCAAUCGUAGCUAUACUAAUUGCACAAGAUGAUGACUUUGGACAAAAUGCUGAAAUCACAUACAAAUUAGAUGACUUACAAGGGCAUGCAAUAAAAACAUUUCGACUUGAUAGAAAUAAUGGAACUUUAUGGUUACGUACCCCGUUGGAUCGGGAAAAAUUAGAUAGUUAUACUUUUAAGGUGUUAGCUUAUGAUCAUGGAAUACCAAAGCAAAGUUCUUCCUGUCAAGUGCACAUCAAAGUUCACGACAUCAAUGAUAAUACACCGAAAUUUGUCUAUCCUACUCAUAGUAAUCAUACAGUUUAUGCUUCAGUAUUUACUAAUCCAGGAAUUCCUCUAGUUAAACUAACAGCAACAGAUUCAGAUGAAGGUGUGAAUUCGCAAUUAACCUUUCAUCUUCUUGAUGAAUCAAAAGAAAAAGAUAUUUUUACAGUUGAUCCUCAUACUGGAGAACUAAGUCUACUACCAACAGUGGAUCCAUUCAAUAUUGGAGGUCGCUAUCAACUGAAGUUUGAGGUACGUGAUGGUGGUACACCAAGUCUCUCAGGAUAUGCAAACAUAAAUAUCAUAUUAGAUAGUAACUCACCUCAGUUAUCAUUAUUCAACAAUGGCAAAUAUCAACUUACUAAUAUAGAAUCGUCGAAUUCAAGAAACGGUUACCGCUCGUCAAUUUCAAAAAAUGAUAAUGAAGUAGUUCAUGCAGCAAACAAAGAAUUCGAUAGAAUCCAGUCACGAUAUGAUAUCAGGGACUCACAUAUUUAUGAACCAACUUAUGCCCAGACUAUCCUGCCUAUUUCAUCACAUUCAAAUGAGAAAUAUCGUCGAAAAGAGAGAGUUUCUACUAUGACAAAUCAAAAACCGUCGACUCCAUUCAGUUUAGAAAAAAUUUGGAUUUCUGUUAUAUGCCUUAUUGCUAUUUCAACAUUAGUUGCAUUUGCUUUUCUUGUGGCCAUUACAUUAGCUCGUCAAAAAGUAGCAACCUAUGAGCUGCAACGGGGUUCAAAUCAUUUAACUGAAAAUUUCAAUUUGUGCCAAACAGAACAUUGUGGUAGUCAAUUUUCUGUUAAUUCACAUCGCUUCACUAACCUUGAGAAUACUUAUUCACCUACAAAGUUUCAAACAUUAGAAAAACCAGACCAUAAAAUUCACAACAACAGCUGCAGUAACCAUGAUCCCACUCUUUAUUCACCAUUCGUCAAACAUGAUACGAAUACUAACUCAACAACAGGAUCUAUGCAUCAACUAGGAUUUUGUACACAAGAAAUGACCUCAAUAAAUACAGAUAUACAGGUAGUAAAUCAUAACAUUUUAGAUUUCAUAAUUCUAAAAUUCAGCUUUAUUACUUAUUCGCUUUAUAUGAAGGUUAGUUUUUGUAUUCAGCUAGUAUAUCGACAAGUAAAGACCGGUAAAUUAGCUGGUUUAAAAGCAUCAGGUUACGUUUUAAAAGUCUUUUUUAUAAACCAUAGAUUUUUUCAGAUUUCUUUAGAUUUAUCUUGAAUUUGGAAAAGUUAAUGUAUUUAUGUGCACACCAGGCUAGUCAUAAAGGCACUGUUUAAAAUAAUGCUUUACAAAAUAGAAAGAAUAUAUACCAUCGAUACACUAAAAGAGGAACGAAUGAAUGUGAAAAGAUGUUUAAAAAAACAAUGGACACCCACAAAAAUUUAUCUAGAAAGAUGCGAAACGUGAAGACAAAAAAAAACAGAGAAACUACAAUAAACAAAAAAAAACCUAUUUUUAUUCGACCUAAAUCAAAAGGUGAUGAAUCAACAUAAGACUGAAAACUCCAUUGACAAGAACUUAUCAUGCAAAUAAACUGAGUGUCUUGUACAAAACAUCAGGUUCUUUAACAUACUCAAGGAUCGAUAGGUAUCUCUUUUAUGUUACCAUCAACUAUAUAUGCGAAUUCACAUGUAUUUGCCAAAGCAGUUACUCUGAUAAAAAUGAAAGGAAGGCCUGCAUCCGAUCCAAAGAGCAUUCAAAGCGUUCAGCAGUGCUAUUUUGACACAACUUUUUGAUACAAGAUAUCAGGUGGAUAAACUGAAAUCUUUAAGGUUUUCUAAAAUUCGCUGAAGUUAUAGCGGCCAAACGUCUGAAACCAUAUAUAUCUGUCCAAAAAGACACACAGUAGUACAUCUUUCUUUGCCCUAGCAACAUUACAUUCUUUUUGUUGCAUAAUUCAUUGUUUAAAAUUUUUCCCAAUUUUGACUACAUCACUGUCAUUUUUUUAACUCGUAGUUUUCAUUGUUUAUUAACAUUAAUCUGUUUUCAGCUACUUUAUUGCACAAUCAUCUAAUGUUUGUUGACUAAAUAAUUUCUAACCAUUAUUUCAAUGUCCUGGAACUUUUCUUCUCACACUUUAUUUAUCUGAAAAGAAAAUGUUUUAUGACCUUAUUAACUCUGUUGGUAUCUCCUCUUCAUCAUGAUACACAUAUUCAUUUUCAAUCAGUUUUAUAUUUAUAAGUAUGCCGAUAUCUAUAAUAAAUUUGAUUUUAAAAUAUUAUAGGUUGUAAGCAGCAGAUGAGAAUUUAGCGAAAUAAAAUGAAUUCAUACCAUUUUGCUUCAAUCAUCGUUCUUGCUAUCUUCAAAAUCAACAUCGCCUGUUCUUUUUCAAUUGACAAUUGUAAAUCACUAGUCUCUGAAAAACUCCUACAUUGGUACAUUCAAACAACUAUGUGGUUUGCAAUUUAGAUUAAGCACUACACUUUUUUCACACUUGGAUGUGAUGAACAGACUCAGUUGCUGUUCACAAAUUUGGUUAUUAGUACAAAUAGCAUAGUUAAACUGUACAUAAAUGAUCCAUUGGUAUGUCAAUGAACAUUUAUGAACAAUAAUAAUAGUGAGCUUAUUUACAUGGUAUAGAUAAUGUAAUAAGGAUUUAUAUUUGAGAUAGACUAACCACUAUAGAUUUCCGGCUUUUAAUUGUUUAACUUGCUUUUACGAAUCACGUAAUGCAUCAAAUUGAUUAAUUAAUGUUUUAUGGUAUAUUUUCAAUAACAAGUCUUCUGCAAUAGAUCGAUAGCAUCUAUGAACCGGUCCCAUAUUGUCAGAUGCCUGGUCUAAUAAUCCUUUUGAAUACAUCACUGGUAUCCACAGCAACUGGACACUCAGUAUUAGUUUUACUCCUUGAGAGUAGAGGAUUAUCCAUAAUACAAAAGAAAAUAACAAACCGGAGAUUUUUCUUUUAUAGUUCUCGACAAUAUCAUAAAUAACACUCAGGAACGAGUAUGCUGACGUUUAAAAAAUCCCAAGUGGCAGCAACAUUGACUUUAGCUACGAAUCUAUUACUCUGAUGUCUGAUAUCUACAAAAACGUACUCAAAAUAUAACUAAUUAACAUUUUAUCACACAAAACACCUAAGCACACCGUAAAGAAUAAACUAACCUGAGUAGCAGUAGCAAAAACCGAGAGAACAAAAUCGACCCAAAGAAUUAGCAUCAGCACUUAGAAUAUCAUACAAACUGAGGAGUUUCCGCAUACUGAAGGAUUAAAUGUUACAGCAACACCAAAAAGAUAGCAAAAAACACACAGAAUGAGGCAAGCUGACCGCCAGUGCUUACAAAGAUUGUUAAAACGAUAGUUCCUGCUUUGUUCUGAUUGGUCGCUAAACAGACUGUCAAAAUCACGAACCGUAGUUGAGUUCAUUUCCAGUCUUUGUUUCUAUUUCAUGAAGAAAUGGUUAGCUGCUGACUUUUACCUUUAGGAAAAUUUUUAACAUGCCACAAUUUGUUGCCGACGGAUAGUUCACAAUCAGAGAUACUCCAAUUUCGGAUCAAAUUUCACACGCUAAGUACUAAGAGUUUACUACACUAAUGUUAUUGAUUUGCAUAAGUAUUUUUUAGUAACCAAAGUCCUGUGAUCCUUUAAAUUUGAUGGUAUUUACUUCAAAUUAGUCAAAAUGUAAGGUCAGUACUUACAUAAUACCAUAUGAAUAUAUCAUGAACGUUUUUUUUAUCAUUCAAUAGCUUAUCAAGAAACGUUUGUUUAUUUUUUUUAUAUAUUGUUUACCCAAAUGUAAUAUGUUAUGGUUUCUUUUAAAGCAUUCAAAACCUAUAUACAAUUAUAAUAUUCCAAUAACUGCAAGUUCACUACAAUUUCCAAGAAAAUUUCAAACAGUGCACAAUAAUAACCAUAAUAAAACUGAAAAUCUUUCUUCAGAUAAAUGGAUAUCUUUAAUGCAUGUUCAACAUUCAGCACCGGCAAGUCCAAAUGAUUACUUUAGUCAAAGAUAUAAAACAAUUGAUCAAUAUCAAAUGAAUAGAAAUAUACCAAAUCAAAAGUAUGAAAUUCUUCAACCACAUCAAUAUUCAAUUGAUGAGUAUAAUAACAAGAUAUCUGUCAGUCCAAAUUUUGCAAAUGGUCUAAUGAAACUUAAUAAUAUGGAAUUAUCAAAUCCGAAUAUAACAAAAACUUUCUGUUUGGAUGAUAAAUCAUUGUUAUAUAUAACACCAAAAGGUAUACUCAAAGGAUGUAUCACAGAAUUAGAUGAAAAUUCACAUAGAAAUAAUGAUGAUAAUAAUAAUAAUAGUAAUUAUAACGAAUCCAAUCAUAUUGAGUUGGAUAUUGAAAAGAAUACCAAUCAUUCAUUAUAUUGUUUUAAUUUAAACAAACAACAACAAACUAUUCAAAUGAAUGACUAUAUACCUAAACUAAAUAAUACCGAUAAUAAUGAACAAUUAACUAUGAAAAUAAAUAAAUCUAUCAUAGAAUCAACGAACAAAUCAAAUCAAUUAUCAGAAAUAUUUUCAAAUCAAAAUGAUGAACAAAAUCCACAAUUAUCAUUAAUCAAUAAAUCACAAAUGGAACAAAAUUUAUUAAAUAUAAAUAAUAAUAAAUAUUCAUCAUCUAAUCCAAUUGUAACUACCAUAUCUUCACAUGUUUCCACUUUUAUUUAAGAUUAUUCUCUAUAUAUAUUUAUUGUAUCUAUGAAUACAGUUAAUAAUUACAUAUAUAUCCAUAUUGAAGUUAACGCUUGUAAUACACACAUAUAUACAGUGUUUCUGUUUAUCAGAAAAGAAAGAGAUUACAUAAUUGAGAUCAACAUUGUAAUAUGUUAAUUUAUAAAUAGAAAUAAUAUUGGGUAAUAUAUACACUAAAAUUUUAAAAAAAAUUGAUCAAUGACAUUAUUAUUAUUAUUAUAUUUUAUUGUAUUGAUUAGAUUUUCUUUUAAAUGUAUCAUAAAUAAAUAAUAAUCAAUUGUAUCAUUGAAUUCUAUUAAAAUAUUGAUUUUUUGUUUGUUUCUAAAGGAAGUUUAU